AUCCAACCGUGAGCAUUUUAGUGUAAUCUGGAGGACAGAUCCAAAUUAGGAACCUUCGGUGCAGGCAUUAUUUCACCACCGGAAGAGUAAUCCCUUUCACUCCCAUUGGCUAAGGGGGGGAUUUUAUCUGGCUGCGCACGGCAGUUAGGAAGCCGAGUGUUUGGAAGGCGAGGGGAGCAUAACCUAAAAGAUGUUGCUUGUACUUUCGGAGGAGCACAAGGAGCACCUGCGCUUUCUUACCCAGGUGGAGAGUUCAGUUGUCAGUGAAUUUGGCCGGAUUGUGAUGGAGUUCUUAAGGAAAGGCAGAAACCCAAAAAUCUAUGAAGGAGCAGCAAGAAAACUUAAUGUUAGUAGUGAGACAAUUCAGCAUGGAAUAGAGGGAUUAACGUAUCUUCUUACAGAGAGCUCAAAACUCAUGAUUUCUGAGAUAGAUUUCCAAGACACUGUAUUUAUACUGGGAUUCUCUGAAGAACUGAAUGCCUUACUACUUCAGCUGUAUCUUGACAACAGAAAAGAGAUCAGAAGUAUUUUGAGUGAGCUGGCACCAAAGCUUCCUAGUUAUCACAGUCUUGAAUGGCGUCUAGAUGUACAGCUUGCCAGCAGAAGUCUAAGACAACAGAUUAAGCCAGUUGUGACUUUAAAACUGCACCUUGAACAGAAUGGAAGCCAGACUGCCCAAAUAUUACAAACUGAUCCUGCUACAUUGCUCCAUCUGAUUCAGCAACUGGAACAGGCUCUGGGGGAAAUGAAAACAAAUCAUUGUAGGCGAAUAGUUCGUAACAUCAAAUAGUGUUUGUCACCUCAGUAAACAUGAUGGAGUUAUGGACAGCACCAUUCAAAAAAACAACAGAGCAUCUCAGUCAAAACUCUUUCCUGUGCCUGGAUCUUGAGGCAGUGUUUACAGGCUGAACUUGCUUGGGUGUUAUCCUUAUAAUGCUGUCUAAUGCUAGUUAGCGUAAUUGUCAUCUACUUUAGCCAGAUGUAAAUUAAUUAGCUGAGCACCUGAGUUUUUCUAACUAUGAAGAGCUGCCUUCUGCAUAAUAUUUUUGCGACACUUUUAUUUGCAUUGGUGACCAAAAUGUUUUCCCUUUUUCCCCCCUGAUCCAUAAGGAUCAAGAAAAACUUACACAGUAUAUAUGAUUUCAUGCCAUUUCUGGGUAAUCCUUGAGCAAUCUGCUACUCCAUUAUGUGGAGGAAACAUUCCUCAUUCCAUAAUUGCUGGUUGAUGCUGAUGUUUAUAAGCAAGUAACAGGAGCCUCUGGUGAAAAUUGCUAUGUUAAACAAGGAGCAUGAUUUUCUGGUUCACACAACCUCCUUCGCCCAAACUGUUCAGUGGAUGUCCUCAAAUAGUAUAACGUUUAGACAGGGAACCUGCAAAAAAUGCCUCUGUGGUGGUAGGAGUUAUUGCCAGCUUUCUAUACAAAUGUACUUUUAUAUAUGCUGUUAUUCAUGCAAUGCGUGGCCAAAACAAGUUGGGACUGCUCGAGUAGAGGAAAAUGCCUUGCAUGAGUCAGUCAUCAGAACAGGUAAUAAACAAUUAUGUGCGAUCUGUCUUA